AGUGGGGCCUGGGCUGGGUCACGGGUGGCCUUAGUCAGUAGCCUACUGGUUAAAGUUCAGAGUACCACGAUUGAAGCAGAGAGGUGUGGGUUUGAUCCCAGCUCUGUGCGCCAGUUUCUGGUCAGAAUAGGCAAACAGGCCAGGAUGGGAUGGGAGCAGUGAGCUGUGUGUUUAAGAUCGCAUCAAGCUGUGAACGUUCUGUCACUUCUGUGCCGGGGUGCUCCUGCAAUGUUAAGAAUCGGCUACAGCCUACUGUCCUACAGGCCUACUGUCUAAUAAACACUGAAACCUCUAUUAUAUUAUUAUUGUUCAUGUAUUAAGCAAGUUUUUAUAUUUUAAACGUACCUCCAGGCUCCAGCAUUGGUGCCAUUUCAUUAUUUGCAUAGUCUAACAUUCUUAAGAGGAUCAGGAACAAAAAUUACAAAUGAAUUGCACUAAAAAAUUAAAUUUGAGACUAAUACAAAUGUGCUGUCACAGCCUGCUGUGUGAUGUGUGCUGGCUAAUCACUGCAUUGAGUACAUAAUGUUAGUCUUUUCUUUGUCAUCUCUAUCUAACCUGUGCAGGAAUGAGAAUGCCCCUUAAGCUCUUGCAAUUUUUUCAUUGAUUUUUCUUCAAUAUCCAUGAGGUAGCUGCAAUGCAAUGAGACCGCUUAGAAAAACCAUGGUAAUCAGUCAAUGAAAUUUGAAUACACAAAAACAAAGGAUUACUGCAGUGCUCAGCUGUGCAAACAUCUGACUGCCCACAAUUUUUCUCUAAGUUGACGGCAACUGGCCAACUGAAUUCUAUCUAUAAUGGAUCCUAAGGAGUUGAACAGCUGGGCCAACUCCCUCAUCAAAGGUCAUAAUGUUCAUCGAGAAGUGGGAUCUCUACAGCCCAAAGUUUUCAAUCAAAUUUGUGUAAUGCCUGCAAUGAAAGUGGCAUUAAAAAACAUGACAACAAGAGUGGGUACUGCCUCUCACUGCCGUCAUGUGCGCCUCAAUCUACAGAUAGCCAGGCUCAGGAAGAAAUGGACAACAGCAGAAGAAUCUGGAAAUAUUAGCCAUCUUGGCUCUGUAUCAUUCAAGCAAGCUUCAGUGGUACAUGCCGAGGCAGCAGUGGCUAAGGCAGCUGCUCAACUUGCCAGAACUUGUGAAGCAACUGAACAAACUCGCAUUAAGCUCAGUGAAGACCGUCAGAAGCGGCUGAUGCUGGAGGCGGUGACUUCUCACUUGACAGCUGAUGCCAGGGAGUGCUUGCAACAAGUGCAUAAUGUGCAGUACAUCUUACAGAAGUGGCAUGAUAGAAAGAAAAAGAAAACACAUACUACAUCAGAUCAACAGGGUUGCAGUUUGGAUGAAAUACUUCAGAAUAUUUGUGACCUCCGACUACAACUGCUGCACAAAAAUGAUGAUGACAGAGCUAGCCUGCUGCAAGCUAAGCAAGCACUUUGGUCACGAGUGAAUGAUCACCGGGACGGCGACUCAAGUGUUGGUACUGUGAGCGCUCUCGCCAGACGUGCCCGCUGCCACGCUGACACUGUGCGCUCCCUCACUGCCGCUGCCAACCCGCUGGCAGCAAUCCACUCACUCAGGGAAGAUCUGAGAGACAAAGGAGAGCUUGGUGCAGAGCUGGACAAGAACCUGCAGGAGAUGCUGGCGGUGAUGUGCGCGGCUCAUGUUGAGGUACACAUCCGGGCUGAGGAGUUCCGGAGACAGGCAGACAAGCACCUCAACGCCUGCAACACCAUCACGGAGCACCUUCUUGAUACGGUACAGCACAAGUUUAUCAAUCCUGCCAUGAGUGCAGCUCUAUCUGCGCUGCUGCAGAAUUCAAUUGCAGCUGCAGGAGAACGUGCAGCGUUGCAGCAGCUGCACGCUAUUGCAAAGCGCCUGCAGGAAGAGGCAGUUCUUGCAGAGCAGGAGGCCACUGCUCUGCAGCGGCUGCAAAACCAAACUUCUGCACUCGAGGAAGUUGUGCACGGCGAGCGCCGGCGUCUGGAGUGCGUGGGACGCCUGAAGGAGAGCUGCUUGCUGGCGAUGACAGAGGACGCGUCCGUGUGCCGUGGUACGGCCACGAGGGGCCUUCAGGCGAUGUCAAGUCCGCCCCCCACCCUCAGCAUGGCACGCCUCCAGCAGGAGAUACACGAACUUGCUACCCUGCCUAUGAAUUUGCUGAAGGCGCUUAAGCUGAAUGACCAAAGUGUGGUGCUGGAACGAGACCUAAGAACUGGAGUUGUCAUCCUCAAUGAAGGCAGGCUCCGGCGAGCUCUCGAGAAGCUGCCGGGGCACUCGCUGGGCGCGGUGACGGCGGAGAGCGUCUGCGCCUGCGUAUGCCAGGCACUCGAUCAGGUGACUGCGCUGAGCGCACGCACGCUGCACGCUCACCACACGCAAGCUUCGUGUCGCUCUAAUGCCACGCCUGCGCUCACGUCCGCUGCCAUCCAGGCUCUGUGUGCGGAGGUGGACGCCCACGACGAAGACCUGGAGAAGAAGGUGGCGGCGACGCUACGGACGUGCGAGAAGCUCGUCACGACGGCGAGACGAGUGCUGCCUCGUUCUCAGCGCGCCCUCGUCGCAUGGUGGGAUCAGCCGGCGAUGAAGAUCAAGCUCUGACCUCUGCAGGAACUAUGCCAACAGAAUCUGAAUCAUAUUAUUUCUUGAUUAUAAGUUCUUUUCUAUAGGAUAAAUUCAGCAUUAAAUUUAUCACUAUCUUCGAAUGAUUGGAAGCAUAAGGUUUAAACUUUGCAUAGCGAGUGCCGCUGUGAGACUUACAGAGAUGCAGUUAUCGUUUCAUAACAUAGACCGUGAAUGUGUUCUGAUACGCUGGGUAGGAAAGACUUGGUUGUGGAGUUGCAAUGCAGGCUGAGAAUUCAGUCACUGAAUUUUCUCCCGUAUUUGGCUGGUGCUUCAUUUAUAUGUGUUCUAAAAAAAUUCCUAUCAUUGUAGAGAAAAAAAUUUAGUCUAGAAAACGUCUUUCCAGUUAUAGACAAGUAGAAUAGACUUCCCCUGACAAAUUCAAGUUUUUUUUUAAUAAAAUUGCAUGACAUGUUAGUGAAGGGCGUCUUGAUUCACGUGAUCUACAUUCUUUAGCCCUUGAUAGCCUCAAUCCUGUAUUAUUAUUAUGUUAACCCAGCCAAAUCAGUUAAACCUCGGACAUGAGUCUUCUUCAAUGUUUAAAUUAGGCAUAACUUCAAUUAUAUGAAUAGUAAAGAACAUUAUUCGAAAAUAUUUUAUUUUGGCAGUGUGAAGAUACAAUGACACAGGCGAUCGAUAGAAAUGAUUUCCGAAAAAUGUAAAUAUAUGGGUUUUAUGAUAGAAAAAGUAACAUUCUUUAAAUCCAUUUGCUUAAUUGAUGAAACUUGGAAAGGUCAAUUGGUUCAAUUAUUAUUCUAGUGUGAUGCGAAAUUACUAAAUUAUGAUUUCUAUGUAAUUCAUCUGUGCGUAUUUGAACUCUCGUUCAAACCAUUUGAUUCUGCUCUGCAUGAGAUUUUUCUAAGUAUAACUUUUUUCGCUUGCUUUAACUUUUUUGGCACAUUGGAUGACAAGUCUCAUAAGAGUUCGUCGAUGGAAGACUAUUCUGAGGAGCGUACAAGGUUUUGAACUUUAUUAAGGAAUGAGCAAUGCGAAUAAUCCUUAAUUUCAAGAUUUUGUCCCCCAUAUUCAAUUUCUAUCGCCUAUCUGACGACUUAUUUCUGUAAAUAUAAUUAUUCUGCAAUAA